ACCGCGAUAACGCGACAUAAAUCUCCUUCUCCUCUUUAUGUGUGCCACAUGCACAUUGCCUCGGCUCGGGGGAAAGUAACAUGCUUACUGCUCCUUCCCUCACAUAACCAUUAAUUUUCUCUGCAAGGUUGCAUGCGGUUGACCAAUUUUUUCCACCAUCAUCUGCGGGGAAGGAAGACGCUGCAGCCUCUUACUACUCUUCCCCAGCAGUGAGCAGUGGCUUCCCGGGGCUCCACACCAUCAACGCAACCAUAGGUGAUUCAAAAAAAAUGUCUGACGAAGAACCAAAUAUGUCGACGGGGAGGAAAACAGCGUUAAGUGAAAACACACUCUUUGGGAUGGGAAAUCCCUUGCUUGACAUUUCAGCUGUUGUGGACAAAGAUUUCCUUCACAAGUUCGGACUGGAGCCUAAUGACCAGAUCCUCGCUGAAGACAAGCACAAAGCCUUGUUUGAAGAAAUUGUCAAGAGGAACAAAGUUGAAUACCAUGCUGGUGGUUCGACCCAAAACUCUGUGAAAAUUGCUCAGUGGAUGAUCCAGAAACCCCACAAGGUGGCUACCUUCUUUGGGUGCAUCGGCACCGACCACUUUGGGGAGAUCCUGAAGAAGAAGGCUGAAGAAGCUCAUGUUGACGCACAUUACUAUGAACAAAACGAGGAACCGACUGGUACCUGUGCAGCCUGUAUCACCGGGGACAAUAGGUCCCUUGUUGCUAACCUGGCAGCGGCAAACUGCUACAAAAAGGAAAAACACCUGGACUUGGACAGCAACUGGGAGCUGGUGAAGAAAGCCAAGGUCUAUUAUAUUGCGGGUUUUUUCCUGACUGUGUCCCCGGAGUCAAUCCUGAAGGUGGCGAAGCACGCUUCAGAUAACAACAAAAUCUUCUGCAUGAACCUCUCAGCACCUUUCAUCAGCCAGUUCUUUAAAGAGCCCUUGAUGAAGGUCAUGCCAUACGUCGACAUCUUGUUUGGCAACGAGACGGAGGCGGCCACAUUUGCCAAAGUGCUGGGCUUUGAGACAGAUGACAUUGCGGAGAUUGCAAAAAAGAGCCAAAACCUCCCCAAGGAGAACACGAAGAGGCAGCGAGUGGUGGUCUUCACCCAGGGCAAGGACGACACCGUUGCGACUGUUGGUGAGAGGGUGACCAUGUUCCCUGUUUUGGACAUCGACCAGAACGAUAUUGUGGACACUAACGGAGCGGGAGACGCCUUUGUGGGAGGAUUCCUCUCGGCAUUGGUCCAAGAGCAUGUGUUGGAGGAGUGUAUCCGAGCCGGACACUACGCUGCCAAUGUCAUCAUCAGACGGGUUGGAUGCACCUUCCCAGAGAAGCCAAACUUUCACUGACGCAUCCAUGCGCUGCACAUUUGUCUUCUCCACAAGAUACUUGUAUAUGUAUGCUUUAGGAUAUUAUGUACAUUUUUUUUCUAUAUACAGUAACUGCCUGCAAGUGCUGCAGCUUGAAUAUUUUAUCAAGCUCGAAUAAGCAACUCAGACAUUUUAAUACAACAAUGUACUAGUAUCAAAUAUUUGAAUGAUAUGGUUAUGUUUAAAGGAGUAUUCCACUGAAAAUCUGUCUUUUGAGUAUCAUAAACGCCUGUAGGCAUGAAAAGUGUGUGUGGGGGGGUUCAUUGUAUCAUACCAUAUGUGUAAAAACGUCACCACUGAUCCAUAUGUUCUAUAUGUUUCCAACACUCAGGAUCUCCACAACAGACCUAAACACUCCAGUUCUGUGUCCCAGUAUCACCACCUCAUAGCUUUGCUGGAAGUAGUGUAUUCAGUGAUUUAUUUUCCAAGCAAAAUGAAACAGUGGUGGAGAGGUGCAUUAUACUGCAUGAUAGGUUUGAAAGGUUUCUAUGGAUGUGUGGCUCUGAAAAGUUUAUUAUUUGCUCCUUCAUGAAGGACAGCAGCUUGUAGUCAGUUUUGAGUUACAGACGUUAUAGUUGGCUGUAAUGGUGACCCAGUCAUGGCCCAAAAACACUUCAUAACAUCCAUAGAAACUUCUCAAAGCAUACCUGCUGCAUCAUAAUCCACUUCUCCCCUGUUGUUUGGCAUGCUGAGUAUUUUCAGAUUUCACUUAGCCAAUAAAUGGCUAAAUACACUAUUCUCUAUUGGAGCUUCUGGGCGAUGUGCUGGCAGUAGUGUGACACAGAAGUGGUGUAUUUUGUAGUGUAAACUAUGGGUGCCAUUUUUCAUGCAAGUUACAAAUAUUUCACAGCCUUCUUUCAAGCCUGCAGGGGGUGAGUGUUGUGAUACUAUAUACUAUUAAGUAUAGUACAAUUUCAGCUGAGUAUUCCUUUAAUAUUCAGCUGUCAUGCUGCAGUAUUUAUGGAUGGGGCGCCAUUAAGAGUGGCCUCCCGUUUCCAAAAGUGACAGUUUUAACGGGACGAAGCUGGAAAGAAUGUUUUUUGUUAUUACACAAAUAAAACAAUAUAAAAGUCA